CCCUGGGGAGCCCCGAGGGGAGACAGGGUGAAGCUCCUGUCUAUUAGCACGUUUGCCCUCAGGUCUCCUGGCUGCAGAAGCCGAUGGUUGGGACCAGAGAUCUCUGGGACUCUAAGAUGCUGUGGCUGCUGUUCCUCACGCUCCCCAGUCUGGGGGGCACAGUACCUGUGACUCCUGACCUCGGUUCAGGACAGGAGUUGGAUGGCAUCGUUGGGGGCUGCCCUGUGUCAGCCAGUCGGUUCCCAUGGCAGGUCAGCCUGAGGUUCUACAGUAUGGAGUACGGAAAAUGGCAACACAUCUGUGGGGGCUCACUCAUUCAUCCUCAGUGGGUACUGACUGCUGCCCACUGUGUGCAGCCGAAAGAUCUGGAGGCUUGUGGCUUUAGGAUCCAAGCUGGACAGCUGAGGCUCUAUGAAAACGACCAGCUAAGAAAAGUAGUCAGAAUCAUCCGCCACCCCAAGUUCAGUGAGAAGCUGUCUGCUAUGGGGGGUGCAGACAUUGCUCUGCUGAAACUGGACACCCCAGUUGUGCUGUCUGAGCAUGUCCACCCUGUCUCCCUCCCUGCUGCUUCCCAGAAGGUCUCUCCAAAGAAGACUUGCUGGGUGACUGGCUGGGGCGUCAUCGAGAACAACAUGCCUCUACCCCCACCCUACCACCUGAGGGAAGUAGCAGUCCCCAUUGUGGGAAACCAAGACUGUGAGCAGAAGUACCAGGCCAAUUUUUCCUUGAAUAGCAACACCAGGAUCAUCAAGGAUGACAUGCUUUGUGCUGGGACGCAGGGCCGGGACUCCUGCCAGGAAGACUCCGGGGGUCCCUUAGUAUGCAGGUGGAACUGCUCCUGGGUCCAGGUGGGUGUGGUCAGCUGGGGCAAAGGCUGUGGACUUCCUGACUUCCCUGGUGUAUACACCCGAGUGAUGAGCUACGUGUCCUGGAUCCAUCACUAUGUCCCCAAGUUCCCAGAACCCUCGAUGGGGCCAGAUGGGGUUCAUACAACGAAAGAAACCCUAACAACUAUUGAUGACCCACUCACUCCUCCUGCUGGUUCAACCUCACCCUGUUAAACCUCCCUAUUCCAUGGUAGUAGAACUCUCUGUGCUCCUGGUCUAAAGUUUCUGCUGCCCCUUAACUCUGGGAGGGAGGAGUUAAACCCACACUUCCUCUCAGAAGUAGCUGGGCAGCCCAUAUCUCCUCCUUCCCCUGUUUCCCAUUAAAUGGUGGAUUGUCUAAAUGA